AUCGCUCGCCACUACCAUUUCGCGGAGCCAGUCGGGACCAGGACCCGGGGAGCUGUCAUCUUCAUGGGCAACUUUUUUUAUUUAUUUGCCCUCCCUUUAGCCCCAUGAAGCCGGCGUCGGGGUAGUUUCACGGAGCCGCGUCCUGUCAUGGAAGCAGCGGAGAACACCUUCAUUGGCUCCGUCUAAUUUCAGUGUGUUUUGACAGCUUAGCUAUGUAGCCAUAGCUACUCAACGUUAUUAACGGCUCUUGAUGCGGCUGAAGCCCGAGCAGGGCGGAUAACACGGAGGAGAGAGAGAAAAAUCAAAUUAAAUAAAUUAGAAUAUAUAGAUAUAUACAUUUACGCCUGUGAGGAAACGUUGUCGCGACUUUAAAGUGGAAAGAGGAGCGUUUACAGUCGAGCUACAUCGGCAACGGAUGUCCCAGAGAACGGAUGCGUGAGGACAUGUCCACCAUGGUGUGCGUGAAGGAGGAGGAGGACCCCGGGGAGAAGCUGUCCCAGGACGAGAUCAUCUCCCGGACCAAGCAGGUGAUCCAGGGGCUGGAGGCCCUGAAGCAGGAGCACCACUCCAUCCUGGAGGGGCUGCUGGGGACGCUGCGCUGCCUCAAGCAGGACGAGGACGGCGUCCUGGUGGAGGAGAAGUCGCACAUGAUCCGCAAGUCCCUGGAGAUGCUGGAGCUCGGCCUGAGCGAGGCUCAGGUGAUGAUGGCGCUGUCGAGCCACCUGAGCUCGGUGGAGUCGGAGAAGCAGAAGCUGAGGGCUCAGGUUCGCCGGCUGGGUCAGGAGAACCAGUGGCUGAGGGACGAGCUGGCCGGGACGCAGCAGAAGCUGCAGAAGAGCGAGCAGAGCGUGGCCCAGCUGGAGGAGGAGAAGAAGCACCUGGAGUUCAUGAACCAGCUGAAGAAGUACGACGAGGACCUGUCCCCCUCAGAGGAGAAGGACUCUGACUCCAGCAAAGAGACUCUGGACGAUCUCUUCCCAGACGACCAGGACGACCAAGCCCAAGGCAUUCAACCAGCUCAUGGCAGCGCUGCGGCGGCGGCCGCCCAGCAGGGAGGCUACGAGAUCCCGGCUCGCCUGAGGACGCUCCACAACCUGGUGAUCCAGUACGCGUCGCAGGGCCGCUACGAGGUGGCGGUGCCGCUCUGCAAACAGGCCCUGGAAGACCUGGAGAAGACGUCCGGACACGACCACCCCGACGUGGCCACCAUGCUCAACAUCCUCGCCCUCGUUUACAGGGACCAGAACAAAUACAAGGAGGCGGCCAACCUACUGAAUGACGCUCUGGCCAUCAGGGAGAAGACUCUCGGCCGGGACCAUCCAGCUGUUGCUGCCACCCUCAAUAACUUGGCCGUCCUGUACGGGAAGAGGGGCAAGUACAAGGAAGCAGAGCCUCUGUGCAAGAGAGCGCUGGAGAUCAGGGAGAAGGUGUUGGGCAAAGACCACCCAGAUGUGGCCAAGCAGCUGAACAACCUGGCUCUGCUGUGCCAGAACCAGGGCAAGUAUGACGAGGUGGAGUAUUACUACAUGAGGGCGCUGGAGAUCUACCAGACCAAGCUGGGCCCCGAUGACCCCAACGUGGCCAAGACCAAGAACAACCUGGCGUCCUGUUACCUGAAGCAGGGGAAGUUCAAACAGGCCGAGACUCUGUAUAAAGAAAUACUCACCCGAGCUCACGAGAGGGAGUUCGGCUCCGUGGACGAUGAGAAUAAGCCGAUCUGGAUGCAUGCUGAGGAGAGAGAGGAACAAAGCAAGGGGAAGCCAAAGGACGGUUCACCGUUUGGAGAAUACGGAGGCUGGUACAAAGCCUGUAAAGUCGACAGCCCCACGGUCACCACCACCCUGAAGAACCUCGGCGCCCUCUACAGGCGGCAGGGGAAGUUUGAGGCGGCCGAGACUCUGGAGGAAGCUGCCAUGCGUUCCAGAAAGCAGGGUCUGGACAACGUGCACAAGCAGCGCGUGGCCGAGGUGCUGAGCGACCCCGAGGUCCGGGAGAAGCAGCGCAGCCGCGAGAGCUUGACCUCGGACACGGUGAAGUACGAGAGCGGGCCGGACGGUGGCGAGGAAGUGAGUAUGAGCGUGGAGUGGAACGGGGACGGAUCCGGUUCCCUGAAGAGAAGCGGCUCCUUCAGCAAACUACGAGCCUCCAUCCGUCGCAGCAGCGAGAAACUCGUCCGCAAGCUGAAAGGCGGCUCGUCUCGAGACAGUGAACCCAAGAACCCGGGCAUGAAGCGAGCCAGCUCUAUGGGGGUUCUUAACGUGGCGGACAAGGCUGCAACUGACCAAUACCAAGAACGAAAUAAUUGUCUGAGGAAAAGUCGCGACCUGAGUGCUAGCCACACGAACCUGGCGCGUUGAAAGUCUUCGACUUCCGAGGAGGCGACGGCGGGAAACCGACGGAGAACCGAACCGACCUCCAGACGUCAGACCGUCCUCCCUGUAAAUAACCUGUUUGUGAAAACUUCACAUCUCCCACGUUACACUCGACCGACACUGUACAGGUUUUACUCUUUCGUUGCACUUUUUGAAGGUUUCGGGCUCUUUCAGAGUUAAUGAGUACAUAUCUAUGGGAAAUAUGAAAGUACGGUGGCCUGUAUGUCCAACUGUUUUUUGCGUGUACUGUAUAAAUCUGUGCGGAUGUGAAUGAUUUUUUAACAUAUUUUAUGCUUCCGCUUGAAUGAAGGCAGAAGCAGAGUUUCAGGUUUGACAAACAUUUUCUGAUGCAGAGGCUAAAAUUUACUUAUUGGUCCAGUUAAUCAACAGUUGUUUGGUAAAACACAAAAAUAACAACGUACAAACAUGGCAGGUUUUCGAUCUUUGCUAUAAAAAAAAUGUAGCUAACAAGAAAGCGCAGUUCCUCUAAUAACCACUAGAUGCUGGCUCUUAAAGUGAGUCACUUCCCAUUGACCUCCAUGCUUUUUGUUUUGUUUUGCUUCUGUUUUUUAAGCUAAUUGUGUACUUAACAAACUGGUUUAAGCUUUCAUUUUCAAAACAAGUCUCCAUUUUAUUUAAUGAUGGCUCGUUAUCGGUUAGCCGUUUUGUUUUAGCGCAGUUCCUCAAAUGGCCACUAGAGGCUGGAUUUGAAAGUGAUGGACGUCCAUGCUUUUUUGUUUUUGUUUUUCAGUUAAUUAUGUACUUAACAAACUAGUUUUAGUGUCCAGCCAUCACUGAAUUUAACUUUAUUUUCAAAACAGGUUUCCAUUUUGUUUAAGGGUCUGUUAGCCGUUUCGUUUUAAACACAACUAAAGAAAAUGUUAGCUAAUUGCUACCAAAAACAUACAGAUUGUCAAUCAAUAGAUGCUAUAAAUUGGUGUGACUGGCUUAAAUUGCAACCUUUGAAUCCAAAAAUUAAGCUAACAUGGAUAUGCAGUUCCUCAAAUGUCCACUAGAGGCUGGUUGUGAAAGUGAGUCAAUCCCCAUAGACGUCGGGGAUUUAUAAAAUGAUGUUAAAAUGUCCGUCUUUACGGCAGAAAUAAACAUGUUUCGAGCCUCUAGCUCAUUUAUAACAACUGCACAGUGGAGAAUUUAUUUAAAACUCAUCUGUCUAAAUUAUAUUAAGGCUAAUUCGAGGUGUUGCUAGGGUUGCUAGCUCCACUCCCGCUCCACUUCAUCGGCUAAUUCUCAAUUAUCUGGGACUUUUAACUCUUUCACGUUUAACUCGACCAAUGAAAUUUCUGCCUCUCAGAAAAUCAUUCACCUAAAUCUGUCAACUCUGCUCAGAACCGUCGUCCACCAAUGACGUCUCUUUUUUUUUCGUAGGCCGAACCUGGACGUUAGCUUAGCAUCGCGUUCGCUCUGCUGCAGGUUUCCAAAAGGAAGUUCUGAAUCUGGUUUUACUUUAUUCUCUCAGACGUUGUUAAUUCACAAGAACCCGGAAACCGUUUCGAGGAAAAACAAAAAAAAAACCUUCAUCUCAAUCUCAGCUGCUUCCUUUUUAAAAUAUUGAGUUGAAGAUUUUAGCUUUCGACGUAUGAAGUUCUAUGUUUACAUUUGGGGUUUUAGUAAAUGAUGUUUUAUUUGUUUCCGUCCUCGCGCUGCUCUGAAGAGUUUUCCUUCUACAUGUUCCUGUAAUAAGCCUGGAGGGUAGCGGCGCUGCCUUCUUAAACCUUACAAACAGAGGAUCAUGAGUUUAUUGAUGAUAUAUUAACACGUUCUCAGGACCGAGGCUUAAUAGCUUAACACGCUAACGGCGAAGUUCAUGUUACUCCACACUUGUUUUCACUGAGACAAAACUUUACCACGUGAGUAGAGUUGAACAAAACGGUGCAAAUUAUGAAUUAUUUAAGGGUUAAAAAGAGACGGCAAAUUGCAAAAUAAAAUAUAUUUGCUUAUACAAAAUAAGGAAAUGUUCCUAGCUAAUUUAUAUAUCAGACUAAAUAUGGAGUGGUUUAAUAUCUAUAGAAAUACUGAAGGUUUCAUCAUAAAAAAAUGGAUCAUUUGUCAAGAUUUAUUCUUUAUUCAAAGCAUUUCUAUUAAUAAACUUCACCGCGCUUAAAGUCUCUUUGCAUAGAGACUCUGUCGUAUAUUUAUCAGCACAUAAUAAGAUAAGAAAAUAUUAAUUUAAAAACGCAGAAGUGCAGUUCCUCACAUGUCCACUAGAGGCUGGUUCCAACAGUGAGUCAACUCCCAUAGACGUCCACGUUAAAAACUCUUAUGUUUACAGUCUGGUACAAAACUUUAUGAAUGAAAUAUGCAGGAAGAAGUGCCUUCAAAAACUACAAAUAAACGUCUAUUUAUGCAGAAGUAAAUUUUUAUAUCAGGAAGUUAGAUUUAAAUUAAAAUAAUUACAAUAAACUCAUGCACUGCUAAUUGUUCCUGCCUUAACUCUCUGUGUUUAAGCGUAUUUUUCUAAAAGACGAAACCAAAGUUCUGAAGUAAUUUUAUCUAAAUAUGUUCUAGACUAAAAUCUGCACAUUGAUAGUUUAAAUUAAAUCAUGAACUAAGUGCAUUAAAGGUAUAAAACAAGGCAAAAUAGAUUCAUAGUUUAUAAAUUUAUUCUGAACCAUAAUAUUAUAUAUUUAUAUAUAUAUAUAAUAUUAAAAACAUGAAAUUUUACAUCUUAAAUAAGUUUCAGGGGCUUCUAAAAAAUACUUUUUGGUCUAAAUUUUUGCAGAAGUAAGUGGUUUUGUUUCCGAAUUGUUUGGAAAAUGCAGCACAUGUUAAAUCUUUAACAGUUAAAAAUAAAACUCUCGCUGUUCUUAGUGAUUAUUGCACUGACGUGUGACUGAUGCACUUUCUGCAUUUACAACUUGUCUCGUUUGUUUUUCACGAACGUGUCGUUUUUUUUCCAGCAGGAUGUGCAAUAAAAAAGUGUUUUGCUGUUUCUCUCUAUUGGUGGAAAAACUGUUCAGUAAUAAAAAUAAAAAGCACCGACAUCUGGACCUAAUCAGAGACUUUAUAUGAAGAAGCUCCACAAACAUUAUUCUACACACACACACAUUCAUUCUCUUUUCCAAGAUAAUAAAGACGAAGCCCCGAAAUGUAAAUAUAAAAGCUGAAUAUUUUUUUAAAUGUUUUAAAUAUCUCAUGUUAGAAUUAGAUUGUGAUUAUUUUUCUUUUUAAAGUUGAUUUUAUUGACACUGAUCUGAGUUUGCUGUUGACCAGUCUGCUCAUCAACCUGCUUCUUUUUGUGUUGUGUUUUUUGUGUUUGUUGUCGUGAUGUUCGAGGCUCCACAAAGUAACGAGGCACAUAAACGAAAAAUGUCCCGACGGCUCUGACGAAACCGGGCAACACGGCUUCUUAUUAGAAACCGGUUAAAUAUUAUUAUAAAUGAAGGCGGCACAAGAAAAAAAAUAAAAAAUAAGCAAAAGCUGCAUUAAUUAAGCAACUUUAAGGGAGAUUUUCAAGCUUUUUUUUUUAUUAUUUAAAGGUGUAAACACAAGCAAAACGCCUUUUUAAACUCCUGAGGUGGUGACUAAAAAUCACUACUGUCGAUUUUGUUGCUCAUAAAGUCCAAAUAAAGUUGCUUCAAUAGUGGCAAAAAUGUUCUGUUCACUAAAAAUGAUAAAAUUUUUAAUGAUUUAACCACUUAAAUUUGCUUGAAGACACAUUAUUAAACUUAUAGAAGUUAAAAAAAAAAAUCCACUCCUGGUGUUUUUCUUUGUGAGUGAAUCAGUUUGUGAUCGUUUUAUUUAAUGGAGUCAGAUUUUUGUUGCCCCAUGCGUCACAGCCGUCGCAUUUUAAAGGACGAGCUGCAAAGAUCCCUCUAACAUGUUCUCAAACCAACACCCUGAUUUCUGAGUGGUGACGUAAUGACGUGAAUGUAGAUUAAUGGAAGUAAAGGGGAAGUUUUAUUUGACUUUAAUGUGUGUUUCUAGAUAAAAAACAGUGAAACUAAUUAUUAUCAUUUUUGUGAAAGUGUGUUUUUUUUUCUCCUCCCCAUGUUAAGGGCCAUGUUGAUGAAUGGAGCAGUGAUGUGGAUGGUUAAAUAAAAUAUGUUAUCAGGAUGUUUUACCUUUAUUUUUUUAUAUAUAUUCAUGUGGAAACGUUCACACAGACUCACAGACAGUGAGAACAGGCUGGUUUUUAUUUAGGUUGAAUGGAACGAUCUGAACAGCUCAGUGGUUAAAUUACUGCUAAUUUAUUAUCUAAUAUUUUACAUUUUCUCCUCCAGAUUUUAAAUAUUUCAGUGAGCAGUACUUUUAUGUUUGGUAAAUUCAUCAAGAGUUGUGAAAUAUGUCAACACAUACAUUAAAAAAACAAGCACAAAAUCCUGAGUGGGUGGAAAAAAUUACGCAAACAAGGUCAAUUCUGUUCUGUGUUAAAUAUGAAACGUCCGCUGUGUUUCUGGUAAAUCACCUGGUUUAAACUGGCUUCAUGGAAGAACUCGUCCCUUUUUUUUGAUGUGAGCAGAUCUGAUGCUUGUCCAACAAAUAAAUGUUCCGCUUAACUGUAAUUGAAGAAUAAAAUCAAAUCAAAUUUUC